CAUUGCAUCGAGAGAGAGAGAGAGAGAUGAUGGGUUGGAGAGGGAUUCUAGGGUUCGAGACUGGCAUAGUCCAGGGCCCGCUGGGACCCGAUAUAUCGGGACCCGAACUUGUCGCUGCUGUCGCUAAUGCCGGCGGUAUUGGAAUCCUCAGAGCUCCCGAUUGGGAGUCGCCUGAUCAUUUGAGGGAGCUAAUAAGAAAGACAAGAACCCUGACAGACAAACCAUUUGGGGUUGGUUUUGUCCUAGUAUUCCCUCACAAGGAGAAUAUAAAGGUUGUACUGGAUGAGAAGGUUGCACUCUUGCAGGUUUCGUGGGGUGAAUACCCGGAGGAGCUUGUAUCUGAAGCUCAUCAAGCAGGGGUCAAGGUCGUUCACCAAAUUGGGUGUUUCGAAGAAGCACAGAAAGCUAUGAAUGCCGGCGUAGAUGCCAUUAUUGUCCAAGGACGUGAAGCAGGGGGUCAUGUGAUUGGUCAGGAAGGAUUGAUGCCAUUGUUGCUGAGAGUGGUUGAUUUGGUGUCUGGGUGUGACAUAACUGUAAUUGCUGCAGGGGGUAUUGUGGAUGCACGUGGUUAUGUUGCUGCAUUGGCUCUUGGUGCUCAGGGAAUCUGCCUUGGCACUCGGUUCCUUGCUACAGAGGAAAGCUAUGCUCACCCUAUAUAUAAAAGAAAGCUGGUUGAAUUAGAUAAAACUGAGUAUACAAAUAUAUUUGGCCGUUCGCGUUGGCCCGGUGCACCACAACGCGUGCUGAAGACGGAUUUCUUUAAUGAUUGGAGACUUCUUCCAGACCAUGAAAAUGAAGCCAAUCAUCCUGUCAUUGGCCACUCAAUGAUACAUGGCGUGGACAAAGAGAUACGCCGUUUUGCAGGCACUGUUCCAAAUGCGACAACAACAGGCGAUAUCGAAAGCAUGGUUAUGUACUCUGGCCAAGGCGUAGGACUUAUCAAGGAGAUUCUACCAGCAGGUGAAGUGGUGAAGAUGUUGGUUGAAGGAGCAAAGCAUAUAAUUCAACAACAAUUUCAUGGUGCCGAUGCUGUAUAGUCCGGCAAUCUAUAUCUGGUUACUGUCUUUGGGUUCUCUAUAGAAUCCAACUGUGUUAAUCGUAUUCAAUAAAUGACAAAUGACUUAGGGGGGCUUGGCCAACUCCACUCAAUAGCGAGGGACUGGCCUCACAAAUUUCAAUUACUGCUGUUUCCAGCAAACUUGUUAUUGUAUGACUUUAAAAGGGUUCUUUCCCCACUUUUAUAUAAUUUUCUCUUUGUUUUA